AUGUCGGAGAGCGAGGGCGGCGCGGCAGAUGCUGUUUCCACAUCUACUUACUCAUCACCAGCCAAAAGUUUGGGAGAUCCUGGAAUAACUCCACUGUCUCCAUCACAUAUUGUGAAGGACUCUGAUGCAGAGGAUGCUGUAGAACAGUUAUUUCUCGUUGUUGUGGCUAUUGAUUUUGGCACAACAUCCAGUGGCUACGCCUACAGCUUCACCAAGGAACCAGAAUGUAUUCAUGUAAUGAGACGAUGGGAAGGUGGAGAUCCAGGUGUAUCCAACCAGAAGACACCAACUACUAUCCUCUUAACACCAGAAAGAAAGUUUCAUAGCUUUGGGUAUGCAGCAAGAGAUUUCUACCACGACUUGGAUCCCAAUGAAUCAAAGCACUGGUUGUAUUUCGAGAAGUUUAAGAUGAAGCUACAUACCACAGGUAACCUUACCAUGGAGACGGACCUGACAGCUGCAAAUGGCAAAAAAGUCAAAGCACUUGAGAUAUUUGCUUACGCCCUGCAAUUCUUUAAGGAACAGGCAUUAAAGGAGCUCAGUGACCAAGCAGGCUCUGACUUUGAAAACACUGAAGUAAGAUGGGUCAUUACAGUGCCUGCUAUUUGGAAGCAGCCUGCAAAGCAGUUUAUGAGACAAGCUGCCUACAAGGCAGGAAUGGCAACUCCCGAAAACCCCGAGCAGCUGAUCAUUGCCCUGGAACCUGAGGCUGCCUCUAUCUACUGCCGAAAGCUUCGCCUUCACCAGAUGGUAGACCUGAGUAGUAGGGCACCUGUCAAUGGCUAUAGCCCAAGCGACACAAUUGGAACUGGAUUUACACAGGCUAAGGAACACGUCCGUCGUAAUCGACAGAGUCGCACCUUUUUGGUGGAAAAUGUCAUAGGAGAGAUCUGGUCCGAACUGGAAGAAGGAGACCGGUACAUCGUCGUUGACAGUGGAGGAGGCACGGUGGAUAUGACUGUCCAUCAGAUCAGGCUCCCUGAAGGACAUCUGAAGGAGCUAUAUAAGGCAACAGGUGGGCCAUAUGGUUCCCUAGGUGUGGACUAUGAAUUUGAAAAGCUCCUGUGUAAAAUAUUUGGAGAAGAUUUUAUUGAGCAAUUUAAAAUCAAGCGUCCUGCUGCCUGGGUAGAUCUGAUGAUAGCAUUCGAGUCCCGUAAACGGGCAGCAGCUCCAGACAGGACCAAUCCACUAAACAUCACCCUGCCUUUCUCCUUCAUUGACUAUUAUAAGAAGUUUCGAGGCCACAGUGUAGAACAUGCCUUGAGGAAAAGCAAUGUGGAUUUUGUGAAGUGGUCUUCCCAGGGAAUGCUGAGGAUGAGCCCAGAUGCAAUGAAUGCGCUCUUCAAACCCACAAUUGACCAGAUUGUUCAACACCUUAGUGAUGUGUUUGAGAAGCCAGAAGUGACCAAUGUCAAGUUUCUGUUCCUGGUGGGUGGCUUCGCUGAAUCCCCCUUACUCCAACAAGCUGUCCAGAGCGCUUUUGGUUCGAGAUGUCGAGUCAUCAUUCCUCAGGAUGUGGGGCUCACUAUCCUCAAAGGAGCCGUCCUCUUUGGUCUAGACCCGGCUGUCAUCAAAGUGCGACGUUCGCCUCUCACCUACGGUGUGGGUGUGCUGAAUCGGUUUGUGGAAGGGAAGCAUCCACCAGAGAAGCUGCUAGUCAAAGAUGGCACACGCUGGUGCACUGAUGUCUUUGACAAAUUUAUUUCAGCUGACCAAUCCGUAGCCCUUGGAGAAACUGUGACACGCAGUUACACGCCUGCCAAGCCUUCUCAGUUAGUAAUAGUGAUCAAUAUCUAUAGCUCAGAACAAGAUAAUGUCAGCUUCAUCACUGAAUCUGGAGUGAAAAAGUGUGGCACCCUUCGCCUGGAUCUCACAGGAACUGAUGCUUCCGUGCCAAACAGGCGGGAGAUCAAAACACUUAUGCAGUUUGGGGACACUGAGAUCAAAGCCAUGGCCAUUGAUGUUGCCACCUCGAAAAGUGUCAAAGUCGGUAUAGAUUUCUUAAACUACUAA